AUGACAUGGAAUACUAGCGCACACAGAAAAAGUAAAUCUACAAGAACUAAGUAUACUACUCAUAAAUCUACUCAUCUCCAUCAACCUACGAAGACUAAGCAUCAAACACCAACUCCGACUGGGAUUCCUUGCUGUCAACCUGGGAGUCCUGGAUUUAAAACUUCUGGCCAAAUUCAUGUUUUCUUCCCACUGGUAGAAAUUAUUGAGAAUACAACUGCAGAAGAAUGUUGCAAGUCAUGUUUUAAUAAGUCUAAUUGUUUUGAAUGGGUUUUCACACCUAACCUUAAUCGGUGUUUGAUGAGUACGGAUGAAAAUACUUGUAAUAAUAUUCUUAUGGUACCUAUUAAUAAUAGUCCAUUUUCUCAUGGUGGAAUUAUGCGAUGUGAUACAGAUG